AUGUCUUCAGUCGUGCUUUUUGUCUUCUUCAGUUGUCUGCUGUUACGCCCCACCACAUUUCAGCUCGUAACUGCCCACUCUUGGCUGAGUCUGACCUCAUCUUAUCGACUCUCUUUGCUCUCCUGGCAUCGAGCUCGAGUUCGGCUUAAGAGUCUGGCCGGAUCUACACUUUUAGAGUCUUUACUGGUUCAUCUUCUCGCAAAGAUCGUCUUCUCUCCUCUUCAGACUGACACAUUUGCCUACUUUCUGGCGCUAAAGCGGAGGGAAGAGGUCAGGAAUACGGCACCACAGGUGCAGUCGUCGAGACCAUUCGGAUUUCAUAGUUGUGCUGACUUGGCGACGGUGGUUUGCGUCGCGACGACAAUCAGGUGCAGGCCAGUAUCGAGAAGUUAUCUUGUUGAGUCAGACAGUACAGACAAGCUUCAUUUCUUCUGGUUAGUUACGCCUCUCAAUGUCACAUUGCGGACGUACAGGAUAGCCCUGACAACCGAUGGCCUCUUUUGGGGCUGGUCUUGUGCGAUACGAGACUUCUGCAUCCGGGAUUUGGAUACAGAUACUUGCAAGGGCCUACGGAACCUGACAGCUGAUAUUCCAUUCUGGCUCAUAGUACCAGUGAAUUUCACAUUUUCUUACCUCCCAAAGCCCUGGUGA